UCUGUUUAUUUGUAAAAUUGGAAACUACAAAAAUCAGUUUUACGUCGGAACUCAGAUCUAACUAGCAUAGUUACUAAAUUUUAUGUAAGCUGAAGUACAUGAAUAAUAAUCAGAUUUUAGAAGUGAAGUAAUAAGUAUUGCAGUUAUGAGUGAUGAUGUACUUCAGAAUGUUAAGAAAUAUUUACGCAAUGGUUAUCGCGCUUAGUAUUUUGUGGUUAUUAUUUAUAUGGGGUGAUGUUGGUUUUUUUGGCUUAGCUUCUCUUGAUCCUCGAAAGAUUCCAAUCACAGUGAAAAAUAAGCUUUGCCAUGUUAAUCACAAAGAUGAAAGGGUGCACCUUAAUAAUGAUACUGACCUAAAAAUGAUCUAUUAUGUCACUCCAACUUAUCCGAGACCAGAACAAAUUCCGGAGUUAACAAGAUUGGCUCAUACAUUAAUGCAUGUGCCCCGAUUGCACUGGAUAGUUGCUGAUGAUCAACCACUGUGCACUGAAGAAGUGGCUAACAUUCUAAGGCGUACUGGACUACCAUAUACUCACAUAUCCAGUCCUAAGCCAUAUAUCUAUAAAAAUACCAAUUUUCCACGAGGUGUUGCAAACCGCCGGGCUGCAUUGAAGUGGCUGCAGGAAAAUGUAGCUGAUGGUGUUUUGUACUUUGGAGAUGAUGAUAAUACUGUUGACUUGCAACUGUUUGCUGAGAUAAGAGCUACAAAAAAAGUAUCCAUGUUCCCAGUAGGCUUAAUUGGUGAUUACGGAAUAUCAUCUCCUAUUGUCAAGGACGGAAAGGUUGUGGGUUUCUUUGAUUCAUGGCCCGGUUCCAGACUGUUUCCUGUAGACAUGGCUGGGUUUGCUGUGAACAUAGAGUUCCUGAAGCCAUCAGCUAGUAUGCCUUACAUUGCAGGCCAUGAAGAAGACAGAUUCUUAAUAAGCCUAGGACUCAAAUUAGAAGAUAUUGAACCACUGGCAUCCAAUUGUUCCAAGGUACUAGUUUGGCAUACAAAAACUGUUAAAUAUAAGAAGCCGGUUUUAAGGUUAGAUAUACAAAAAUUAGAUAGGUAUUCUUCAUACAAAAAUUUUGCAAAUCUACUCAAAGAAACUUGCAAUCUUGGUAUGGCAAAUCUGAGUGAAACGGAUGGAACCAAGACAUAUAUAACUCGUAAUCGUAAAUCAUAUGAAACCUUAGCAGGUCUAUAAUAAUAUUGAUUUUCAAUUAUUUUGAAUUGCUUGUAAUUAGAUACAAUUUUAAGUUAAGACAUAUACCUACAUAGAGCAAUCUUUUAUGGGUAUUUAAAUACUUUCUCUGAGAAAAACAGUACAUCACAUUAUGUAUUAUUAAAUGUAAAAGUACAUAAAUUGUAACAUAAUAAUAUUUUAAUUUAGAUGUUGUAAGCCAUAAAGUUACUAUACUAGCUUAAUAGACCCUGUUUGAAAGUGAGAUAACUAUCCUUACAUAAAGACCAUCAAACCGUUUUUAAACAAUUUAGUGUCCAUUAGUCUCCUGGCGAAUUGGACCGUGUGUGUAAUAGAUUGUGUUGUUAUAUACAGCAACAAUCCAAAUAAAGAAACAUUUCACAGGAAAAUAAUGAUUCUUACAUACUACUUUCGUGGUGUUUAUUUACGUAGAACAUAUUCACUUAAAUAUUUGGAUUACAUUUUAAAUACGGAGUAAAUACCUACUCUAUUUUGUAAAGAUUAUAUUAAUUUUAAAAAAUAUGUGUAAGAUAAUAAAAUAUUGUAUCCGUGAAUAUGACGCCGUUUAUCAAUAUUUGUCAUAGGGAUUGUCUAAAAGCAAAAUACUACACAAUUCACUAACACAUCUGUAAAACUAGCACACAUGAACAUUUUAAAUUUAGUCUCGCCGUAAUGAGGAGAGUGUUUGUCUAUUACGCCAGUAUAUUAAGUUUAUGUUAUACGCUAAUAGGUAAACAGAGUUACAAUUUUUUUUCACAUUGUACCUGUAAAAUGUUUUCAUAAAUCCUAUAAACUUCUUUAUUAUCUAUGAUAAUCGUUAUUUAUUAGAUGAUUUUUUAUUGAUGAAAUUCUUUAUUCUAUGUACUUUAAAAUAUUGUAUGUAGAAUGACUCAAACAGUUGUAUAUCAUAUUCCACGACAAACACAUCUCAUAAUAUAGAUUGUUAGUUAUUGUAAAACUUAAAUUAGCAAUGUUUUUGAUUGCAAUAUGAUGACAAAGAUUUGACUUAAUAUGAAUUUAAAGUUUAAUUAUCUAUUGUAUGUUUAAGUUUAAGAACAAAUUAUUUUAUGGUUUAUUGCAAAUCCAAAUGCAAUAAUCCUUUAAUCGACGAAAGUACUCAUUACAGCUAGCCAUAAGAUAUAUUUAAUAUAUAAAUAUUAUAAUCAUUGUUCCUUAUUAUUUUGUUUAUAUGGAGGAAUAUACGAUAUGGAUACAUUCCUGUGGUGUUGCAACUACCAUGAGCGGCGGUGAUCACCUAACAUCAUAUGAUUCGUUUGUCCUUCUUUUUAAUAAAAUCAUUCCAAACGGUUUGUGUCUAUCUAACCGGGUCGCAGGUUCGAUUCCAGCUAGAUACUUACAUCAUACAAUAAUUUAAUGUAUAAAAUGAGCUACCAUUCGCGAUUAUAAAUACAGUGAAGGCUUUUUAUACCUCGCUAAAUAUGAAUCACCUAACAAAUGAACAUUUUGCAUGUCCGUUGAAAUAAAACUAGCAGCUAGUAACAUCUAGUACUAUCGUUGAUUGAAGGACAGUGUGGAGAUUGUUUUAAUUUAUAUAAAUAUAGUGGACAAUAUAGAUAUUUAUAGGUCCUGACUUGGUGGCCAGUUGUCUUUCUAUAAUUCUCUGUCUAACUGGUAUUUACCUAAACAAAAACCUAAGCCUAGUGGCCCUUAAAAAGGGUACAAUAUGUACAUAUUAACACAAUGACAAUAAGUAAAAAGAACAAUAUGUAUAUAACCAUAUACAAACAUUAGAUUUUUUUUUUUUUUAGUAAUUUGCUAGCAAUAUAAUAUUACUAUCUUGUUUUAUGAUAAAAAAAAUACUCUUUGAUAAACUACAAGUGCAGUAGCUUUUGCCAAACAUAUUUUCAAUAUUAUGUAAUUACUGCUUUAGAUAGUAAAUUAGUAGAUAAUCAAUUACACACCGCCACAUAACGUUAUAUAAUAUUCCCGAUAUUUUAUCAUUAUGAAUACACUCCGUUACCUUGACAUUCUUCAGGGGCGAUCACACGUCUUAUAUUUACCAGUCAGCUUCUUCAACGCCGCCUAUUUU